AACACCUGCAAAUCCAAUAAACCCUGAAGCCGCGAAUUCGGCGACAAACGUGCCAUUGCAGCACCAUAAAGGGUCCUCUAGAUCAUACAUGCGCCCCUCGUCGAGGCCAUCGAGCAUUUAGACAUAUAUACCUUGACGACGAGGGGCUAAAGCUCCCUCGAGAGUCGUCACCAUGUCGCAGACUGUCGGGCUGACGAAACUAGCCUACUCGCGAGUAUGGCACCACAUCUCCGCCUCGGCGCCACACCCGACGCUCUCCACGCAACCGAACGUAACCCCGCCAUCUCUAGGCCGUCUAGCCUCGCGCAUCGCCGUGAUCCUCAUGGGCAAGCACAAGCCGAUCUGGGACCCGUCGACGGACUGCGGGGACUACGUGGUAGUAACCAACUGCGCGGCCCUGCACGUCACCGGCCGCAAGAUGUGGCAGAAGACGUACUACCGACACAACACGCGGCCCGGCUCCCUGCAGUCCGUCACCAUGGACGUGCUCAUGGCCAAGCACGGCGGCGCCGAGGUCCUGCGCAAGGCGGUCAGCGGCAUGCUGCCGAAGAACAGGUUACGGGAUAAGAGGCUCGCUCGGCUGAAGGCGUUUGAGGGCGACGCGCACCCGUUCAAGAAGAAUUUGAUACGGUUUGGUGGUGUGGAGGUGGGCAAGGAGGGCUGGGGCGAGGCGGUUAAGGCGAUAAGACAGGCGGGUGCGGAGAGGUUAUAGCGGAAUGUUGCUCUGGCGGAAGCCUAGGGGAUAUGAGCAUGAAGGAAGGCUUACGGGCGAGAGAGUGAGCGGACUUUGCCAGGGGAAUACUGGCUCUGCAUAUCUGCUAUGUACUACAUCGUAUGUGUAUAAUGAAUGCAUCUCAUGACAACCAACUUGAUGAGUGGUCAAGAAACAGGUACACCUAGGUAUAUCACAAGCCGUAUAUUCGUUUAGAGUGCAAGGGUGUUGCUUAGACCAACUGCGGCUAGGAGUAAAUCAAAAUCGUGGGAAUGGGCAUAUAUAUAAAUGAUAUUUAACAACACAUUUCUAGGCACGAAGAGGAUUUCACGAAAUUUAAGGUCUUAUCUUGA